UUGCUCACGUGACUUUUGUGUCACAUGACAACGCCCUGUCGAGCUACUUGGCUAACGCUAACACAAUGGCAGCCUUCCUACAGUGGAGGAAAUUCGUAUUUUUUGACAAGGACACGGCCAAGGACCCGGUGGAUAAUGGGAAAAACUUUGUUCUUCCAAACGGAAUCUCGGCCUGCGACUCCGGCCGCGGACACAUUGUCCUCGGUGAUAUGGAUGGCAAGAUCUGGCUCAUGACACGCUCCCUGCAGCUGACGUUUUUCCAGGCUUAUAAGUUGCGUGUUACACACCUUUACCAGCUGAAGCAGCAUAGCAUCCUUGUGACAGUGGGGCAGGAUGAACAAGGAAUAAAUCCUUUAGUAAAAGUCUGGAACCUUGAUAAAAGAGACAGUGGAAAUCCUCCCUGCACAAGGAUUUUUCCUGCAAUUCCCGGUAACAAACCUACUGAAGUGUCUUGCCUCAGUGUGCACGAGAAUCUCAACUUCAUGGCAAUUGGCUUCACAGAUGGCAGUGUGGUUCUGACCAAAGGUGACAUCACCAGGGAUCGUCACAGUAAAACUUUGACUCUGCAUGAGGGAAGCAGCCCAGUCACUGGCCUCGCCUUCCGCCAAAUGGCAAAGGUCACACAUCUGUUUGUAGCCACUCUGGAGAAGGUCCAUUGCUACACGCUGUCCAUCAAAGAGUACCCUAAAGUAGAGCUGGAUACACACGGCUGUGCACUGCGCUGCUCUUCCCUGGCAGAUCCCUCCCAGGAUUCCCAGUUUAUUGUCGCUGGUGAUGAGUGCGUCUACUUGUAUCAGCCUGAUGAGCGAGGUCCCUGCUUUGCCUUUGAUGGACACAAGCUUUUUGCCCACUGGCACCGUGGAUAUCUUUUUUUACUCAUCAGGGAUGCAAAGUCACCCAACAAGAGUGGGUUUGGUAGCAGAGAGAGCUCUCCAUCUGACAAACAGCUUCUCACCAUCUAUGACCUGGACAACAAGUUCAUUGCCUACAGUGCCUCUUUUGAUGAUGUCGUUGAUGUUGUGGCCGAGUGGGGCUCCUUCUACAUCCUGACCCGAGAUGGAAAAAUGUUCAUUCUGCAAGAGAAAGACACGCAGACCAAACUUGAGAUGCUCUUUAAAAAGAACCUAUUUGUGAUGGCCAUAAACCUGGCUAAGAGCCAGCACCUGGACAGUGACGGACUGUCGGAGAUCUUCAGGCAGUAUGGUGACCACCUCUACCUUAAAGGGGACCACGAUGGUGCCAUACAGCAGUACAUUCGCACCAUUGGAAAAUUGGAGCCAUCAUAUGUGAUUAGGAAAUUCCUGGACGCGCAGAGGAUCCACAAUCUGACGGCAUAUCUGCAAGCCUUGCACAGGCAGUCGCUGGCUAAUGCUGACCAUACUACACUGCUCCUCAACUGUUACACUAAACUGAAGGACAGCUCCAAGCUGGAGGAGUUUAUUAAGAGUAGUGAAAGUGAAGUGCACUUUGAUGUUGAGAUCGCCAUCAAGGUUCUCAGGCAGGCUGGCUACCACAAUUACGCCGUCUUCCUGGCUGAGAAACACAUGCACCACGAAUGGUACCUGAAGAUCCAGCUGGAAGACCUUAAGAACUACCAGGAAGGACUGCGCUACAUUGGACGUCUGCCUUUUGAACAAGCUGAGAGCACCAUGAAGCAUUACGGCAAGACACUGAUGCACCAUGUCCCUGAGGGCACCACGUUGCUCCUGAAGGGCCUGUGCACCAACUACCAAUCAAGCGGAGACGGUGGUGACAAAGAGAGCGAGGAAAGGAGGCGGAUCAAUAAGGCGAACUCCGAGGAGUUCAUCCCAAUCUUUGCAAACAACCCUCGGGAGCUGAAAGCCUUCCUGGAGCACAUGAUUGAGGUGGAUCCCCGUUCUCCUCAGGGAGUGUAUGACACGCUGCUGGAGCUCCGGCUGCAAGACUGGGCCCACGAACAGGCUCCAGAGAGGAAGAAGGUCCUGCAGGGAGAAGCGGUGUCACUGCUGAGGAGUGACAACACCGUGUUUGACAAGGCCCUGGUCCUCUGCCAGAUGCACAACUUCAAAGAAGGCGUUCUCUACCUUUAUGAGAAGGGCAAACUGUAUCAGCAGAUUAUGCACUACCACAUGCAGAAUGAGGAGUAUGGAAAAGUGGUCGAGGCCUGCAAACGCUAUGGGGACCAGGAGGGCUGUCUGUGGGAGCAGGCGCUGGGAUACUUUGCCAGAAAAGAAGAGGACUGCAAGGCUUACAUCAGUGAGGUUCUACAUCAUAUCGACCAAAACAACCUGAUGCCCCCAUUACUCGUGGUGCAAACACUGGCACACAACUCGACGGCCACGCUCUCCGUCAUCAAGGACUACCUCAUUAACAAGCUGCAGAGGGAGAGUCAACAGAUAGAGGACGACGAACGCAAAAUCCGCCAGUACCGCGAGGACACGGCUCACCUCCGCUCCGAGAUCCAGGAGCUCAAAACAAGCGCCAAAAUCUUCCAGAAGACAAAGUGCAACAUGUGCAACAGUCCCCUGGAGCUACCCUCGGUUCAUUUCCUGUGCAGCCACUCCUUCCACCAGCACUGCUUCGAAAGCUAUGCAGAGAGUGAGGCCGAAUGUCCGACGUGCACGCCAGACAACAGGAAGGUCAUGGACAUGCUGCGUGCGCAGGACCAGAAACGAGACCUGCACGACCACUUCAACAGACAGUUACGCAGCUCCAACGACGGUUUCUCCGUGGUGGCCGACUACUUUGGUCGAGGCGUGUUUAACAAACUGACUCUGGUCACUGACCUGCCUGGAAAUAAAACAGUCGGGGGUCUUGAAGUGAACCUGCAGAAGGACCUCCUCAUCCACACCAAGAGGAACAGCUAGACACCUCUUCCCCCCCCGUGAUUACUGAAUCCGACCGGAGUGGGAAUGGCGUUUCCGGCUCUGUCCUCAUCCUUCGCUGCGUGGUGUGUCAUUUUAUUUAGCAGCAAAUGCGUUUUGCCUGCUUUUAGCACCUGCUGUGGAGCUGUGAGGCAUGACCGGGUUUGUAGUCAAGAGUCGUGACUCCCUGGAGAAUGUCUAAAUGUACUUUAAUUUUAAAACGUGUAAUAAGGAGUCUUAAAACUAUGCUGCAGCACUACCUGGAGAAUGUUGCUUUGGUGUUUUGCUUGUUGUCAUGUGAUCAUGCACUCGACAUAAAGUUAUGGAUAAAUCAUCUGCUGCGAAUAAAGUCAUUCGAUUGCUGUCAGUCUAAUUUAAAAAAUUUAAACUUUACACAAAGGCA